GUCACACAGAGCUUCUGACAAGAAGAUCAAAGUUCCACACAAAUUUUCACACCAAUUUUCAAAUAUAAUGGCAAAAACAUACGAUUAUCUGUUCAAAUUGCUGCUAAUCGGUGACUCGGGCGUCGGCAAGACCUGCUUACUCUUCAGAUUCUCCGAAGAUGCUUUCAAUACGACAUUUAUUAGCACAAUAGGUAUUGACUUCAAAAUAAGAACCAUUGAAUUGGAUGGGAAAAAAAUUAAGCUGCAAAUAUGGGAUACUGCCGGGCAGGAGCGUUUCAGAACAAUUACAACAGCGUACUAUCGCGGCGCCAUGGGAAUUAUGCUAGUUUAUGACAUUACACAAGAAAAAUCUUUUGAAAACAUCAAAAACUGGAUCAGGAACAUAGAGGAGAAUGCCUCAGCUGACGUCGAGAAAAUGUUGCUCGGAAACAAAUGUGAAUUGAAUGAGAAAAGACAGGUCUCGAAAGAACGAGGAGAGCAAUUAGCUGUCGAGUACGGCAUCAAAUUCUUGGAAACAUCCGCAAAAUCAAGUAUUAAUGUGGAAGAAGCAUUUUACACUCUGGCUCGUGAUAUCAAGAGUAAAAUGGAGAAACGAUUGGAGGCAAACGAAUCCAUAAAACCGACCCACAAAUUAAGAGAAAAUAACCCGCCCACAUCAAACUGGCUGUCAAGAUGUAGCUGGUUUUGACCGUACAAUUUUAGCCAAUACAAUGACAUUAUUACUUCUACUAUUUAUAUAUUGAUGAUAGUAACAGCAAACAACUUCAACAACAAUAAAGGACGCAGAUCGAACACUCUCGUCGUCGCAUAAAAAAAAAACUUUACAAAAAUUCACUCUCACACACAAGGAAGAAAAUAAAACACAAUUAACAUUUUUUUUACAAUUCGCGUGAAAAUCCUCGUUUUUAAAAUUAGGUCGUAGCUGUGAUGUUACAAAAAAAGAAGAAAAUAAUAAGCAAGGAAGCUCAUUUAUAUUUUUUUAUGUUGCAUGCGUCGUCAACAGUGAUGAUGAUACGUUCCAAAUAUGUAAUUUGUGAUUAAACCAGUUUGACAAGUCCUUGAAUCUUCGCUCAAUAUUUUGAUUCAAUUUCCUUUUAAUUUACGAUAUUACGCACUUUCUGUCCUUAUAUUAAAGAAAAAAUAAUAAUAAAAAUACAAAACCAUUGAAAUACUUACUCAUUAAAGAAACUUGCUAAGACGAACUUGUAAUAAGAUGUGUGAACCAAAAAAAUUAAGAAAAUACAAUAAAA